CUUGAUUUUCUAUAACUACUAUAUUCUAUGACUGUCACAAAAUGGAGGCAUAAACUAAAAAUGUUUACAUUUUGAUUUUUGCGUAUAAUUUGCGAAAAAGUGCUUAUUCUAGUGCGUGUCUAGUGAUAGGGUCGCAAAAUGCACAUAAAACAGGUUAUUAUCCAGGGCUUCAAAAGCUACAGAGACCAGACUGUGGUCGAGCCGUUCGACAAGCGCCACAAUGUGGUCGUGGGGCGUAACGGUUCAGGCAAAAGCAACUUCUUCUACGCAAUCCAGUUCGUUCUAAGUGACGAGUUUUCGCACUUGCGGCCCGAGCAGCGCCAGGCGCUUCUGCACGAAGGCACGGGUCCGAGAGUCGUCUCGGCCUACGUUGAGAUUAUUUUCGAUAAUUCGGACGCUCGUGUUCCCCUCGAGCAUGAGGAGAUCUACUUGCGGCGUGUAAUUGGGGCGAAGAAAGACCAGUAUUUCUUGAAUAAGAAAGUGGUGCCACGGAGUGAAGUCAUGAAUUUGUUAGAAUCGGCCGGUUUUUCCAACUCUAACCCGUACUAUAUCGUCAAACAGGGGAAAAUCAAUCAGAUGGCGACAGCGCCUGACGCCCACCGGUUGAAAUUGUUGCGUGAAGUUGCAGGAACGCGCGUUUAUGACGAAAGGAGGGACGAAUCAAUGGCGAUUUUGAGGGAGACGGAGGGCAAGGUUGAGAAGAUUGAGGAGUUUUUGAGGACGAUUGAAGAACGUUUGAGUACGCUUGAGGAGGAGAAGGAGGAGCUGAAGCAAUACCAACACUACGAUAAAAUUCGGCGGGCCCUUGAGUACAUUAUACACGAAGUGGAGUUGAAUGAAAAUAAGAGGAAGCUUGCUGAUCUUGAAAAACAAAGAAACGAGUCGGGGAACGAGCAGGAGAAGUUGGCGGUGAAUUUGAAGAAGGCACAAGAUAAUAUUAAAACCCUCACAAAGAAGACAAAAGAGACGAAAAAAGAACUGACGAGUUUGAAGGAAGAACGUGAUAUUUUGACCAAUGAUCAGCAACAUUUGAUCAAGGAAAAGGCCAAACUGGAUUUGACUAUUAAGGACUUGUCUGAGGAAGUGCAAGGAGAUAAUAAAUCGAAGGAAAGGGCUGAGAAUGAACUGGCGCGUUUAACACAAUCUAUUAAAGAAAAAGAAGCAGAAUUGGAGAAGGUCAAGCCCCAGUAUGAAGCAAUGAAGAAGCGGGAAGAAGAGUGUACGAGAAAUUUGGCUCUAAAGGAGCAAAAACGCAAGGAAUUGUACGCUAAACAAGGACGAGGGAGUCAGUUUACGUCCAAGGAUGAUAGAGAUAGGUGGAUUCAAAAUGAGUUGAAAUCUUUGAAUAAGCAAUUAAAAGAUAAGCGUGAGCAUCGUGACAAACUCGAGGCCGACUUGAAACGCGACGCUGCUAAAACAAUCGAACUGACGAAAAAAAUCGAAGAACAAUCGCAAGAAUUGGAACGUCAGAAAAACUGUAUCGACGAACAUAACAAACAAUGCUACGAACUCAAGAAAAACAAAGACCAGUUUCAAGCUACUAGAAACGAAUUGUGGCGUAAAGAAAACAACGUCCAACAAAACCUCUCCUCUCUUAAGGAAGAUUUAGCCAAAGCCGACCAGCAAUUGCGUUCAAUGGCCGGUAAACCAAUCCUCAAUGGACGAGACAGUGUCCGGAAAGUUUUGGACACGUUUGUGAGUCGUGGAGGGCGCGAAGCCGAAAUUGUCAAAUCGUAUUAUGGUCUUGUUAUUGAAAAUUUCGAUUGUGAAAAAAGUAUUUAUACAGCGGUUGAAGUCACGGCUGGAAAUCGGCUUUUUCACCAUGUUAUCGAUUCGGAUAAAAUUGGGACGCAAAUUUUGAAGGAAAUGAAUCGACAAAAACUGCCAGGAGAGGUCACUUUCAUGCCUCUGAAUCGACUCAAUGUUAGAGAUAUCAACUAUCCAAAUGACUCGGACGCCAUUGCGAUGGUUUCGAAGUUACACUACGACCCGAAAUACGACAAAGCGAUGCGUUACUUAUUCGGCAAAACAUUGAUUUGUCGUAACCUGGAUGUGGCCACAAAACUGGCCAGGACCACAGGCCUUGAUUGUGUGACGUUGGAAGGUGAUCAAGUCUCAUCCAAAGGCUCCCUAACCGGUGGUUAUUUCAACUCGAAUCGUUCCCGUCUCGAAAUGCAGAAAAAUCGCAGCGAAACAAUCCAACAAAUCUCGCAAUGUGAGAACGAAUUAAAAUCAUUGCGCGAGGAAUUGACCAAAACCGAAGCUUCAAUUAACAGCAUUGUCUCCGAAAUGCAGAAAACCGAGACGAAAAAUAGCAAAGCAAAAGGGAUUUAUGAUAAAGUCAAGGGCGAGUUGAGGCUAAUGAAGGAGGAGUUAUCGAAUAUUGAACGAUUUCGAGGGCCGAAAGAACGCUCUCUCGCCCAAUGCAAGUCCAGUCUGGAAGCCAUGCAGUCAACUCAGGAGGGCCUCGAAAGUGAGCUGCAUCAAGAGUUGUUGUCGCAGUUGUCGUUUGCUGAUCAGGCCGAGGUUGAUACGUUGAAUGAUGACAUUCAACGGUUGCAAAAGGAGAAUAAGGAGGCGUUCAGUACGAGGAUGAAGCUCGAAGCUGAGAAAAAUAAAUUGGAGAAUUUGUUGACGAAUAAUUUGAUUCGGAGGCGGGAUGAAGUGUUGCAUGCCUUGCAGGAGAUCUCGCUUGAGGAUAGGAAACGGCAGUUGGUGAACUCGAAGAGCGACCUGGAGGAGAUUGAUAGGAAGAUUGAGAGGGUUAACAGGGAGUUGACCUCAAUGGAGAGCAAAGUCAAGGAAAUGGCCAAAAGGUUAAAAACGGAACAAGGCGAGUUAGAGAAUUGGAAGAAAAAGGAGAAGGACGCCCAAGACAAGAUCGACGAGGACGCGAAACAUUUGGAAAAAUACGCAACGAAGCAAAACCUCCUCGAGCAAAAAAUCCAAGAAUGCGUGGAAAAAAUCAACCAAUUGGGGGCACUCCCAGCCCAGGAUUUGUACUCCCAUUAUGUGAAAAUGUCGUCACGAUCGCUUUUCAAAGAAUUGGAAAAAACCAACAACCAGCUGAAAAAAUUCAGUCACGUGAACAAAAAGGCCCUGGACCAGUUUAUGAGUUUCUCCGAUCAGAAGGAAAAGUUGCAGAAACGUAAAGAGGAACUAGACCGCGGUGGCGAAAAAAUCAAAGAACUGAUCGCAAUGUUGGAACAGCGCAAAUUAGAGGCCAUCCAGUUCACUUUCAAGCAAGUCUCGAAGUACUUUUCGGAAGUUUUCAAAAAACUGGUGCCUGCCGGUAAGGCUAAGCUGGUGCUGAAGACAGUCGAUAAUGAGGAGGGCAAGGAUGUGGGCCCGGAAGACACAAACUCGGACCAGUUCAGUGGGAUCGGGAUUAAGGUCUCGUUUACGGAAUCCGACGCCGAGAUGAAGGAAAUGAACCAGUUGUCAGGGGGGCAAAAGUCGCUAGUGGCCCUAGGCCUGAUCUUCGCCAUCCAAAAGUGUGACCCUGCUCCGUUUUACCUAUUUGACGAAAUUGAUCAAGCUUUAGACGCCCAGCAUAGGAAAGCUGUGGCGAAUAUGAUCCACGAAUUGUCGAGCGAAGCCCAGUUUAUCACUACAACGUUCAGGCCCGAAUUGUUGGAACAUGCCCAUAAGUUUUACGGGGUUAAGUUCAGGAAUAAAGUGAGUCAUGUGGAGUGCGUGACGAGGGAAGUGGCCAGGGAUUUCGUCGAAGAUGACCAAACACAUGGCUAAAUAAGUUUCAAAAAUUUGUUUUUAACUCAAGUUUUGUAUGACUUAGCUAUUAAUAAUAAAUGGUAGGAUUUACAAA